ACGGGUCAAAGUCGACGACGCAAAGGUGGACAAACAGACCCUGGCCGUGCAGGAUAGCUGCUGAAGCACGAUGGACGGUCUGAAGGUCGCUCUCGAAUCCAGACAGCUAGUCGUCCUUACUCUGUCUACUACAGCUGUUAUCGCAGCUGGACUAGCCUACCUGAAGUGGCGGAGGCCGCGUACAGUGAACAGGCAGUACGUCCCAGUCGGCCAUGUCUCCAAAAUCUACGUCCACCCGGUAAAGUCCUGCCGGGGUUUGGAGGUGGGGGAGGCCGAGGUGACCAAACUAGGUCUCCGGUUGGAGGGGGUUAUGGACAGGCACCUGCUGAUCCUGUAUAAGGACCGGUUCUUGGACGGACGCACAGAGCCUCGGGUGGUGCUGAUUUCACCACAGUGUGCUGGAGACGGACAGGUCAGACUGGAGGCACCCGGUAUGGACCCGCUUACACUCCCCAAACCAAACAAACAGAAAGUGUACGACAUCAGCAUGUUUGAACUUGACGGAGACGGGGUAGACUGCGGCCCGGAGGCUGCCGCCUGGCUGGAGCAGUUCUUGGGGAAGCCGGGCUACAGGCUGGUCAUGUCCGCACCGGGGAGUAAGAAGAGACACACUGAUCAACAUCCAAAGUACAAAGACAUAGCCAAGCCAGAUGAUAAGGUGGGGUUCCAGCAUGAAACCGCCUUGAUGCUUGCGUCAGAGGCGUCUCUGAGCGACCUGAACAACAAGCUGGACACUCCUGUAGCCAUGCGCAACUUCCGACCCAACAUUGUGGUGUCUGGGUGUGAGCCAUUUCAAGAGGAUAACUGGCAGUAUGUGCGCAUCGGAGAGGUGGAGAUUCGGAGAAUGUUGCCCUGCAACAGGUGUUUGAUGACCACAGUCGAUCCCGAGACGGGUAUGAAGAACGGUACGCAGGAACCUCUCAAGACUCUUAGAAGCUAUCGCUUGACCAAGGACGAGAAGUACAAGGCAGUGUUCGGACAGAGUCCGCUAUUCGGGCUCACAUGCGGAGUGGAGCAGGAGGGAGUGAUCCAUAUCGGCGACACGGUGUAUGUGUGCACGUAAGGCGGCGACCCACCGCUGAUAUGACGCUGCAAGGCUCCAAUUGUGUGUUCAGUGCUCAUCCCAAGGACUUGUAUAUCCUUGCCCUUAUAGAUCACCUGCGUUCUGCCAGCACAUUGCCUGUGUAAACUUCCCAAUCACAUUUUAUUAAGAUGAUGAUGCAUCAGUAUUUGAUAUGAUCUUACUAGUAGAAUGUACUGUUGGCCGUCUCUGGACGGUCUCUCGACAAGGUUUAAUGGCAAGAAUAUGAUCUUCUCAUGUGUAGAAUAUAGCGUCUCGUCUAGACUAUGAUGGGAAAGUCCCUGUAAUAAACUCAGACAGCGAUUA